AUGGUUGAGAUGCUUCCAGGCAUUCCUUACACUCAUGAGCUCCCGACUGGGGCGGUUCUUACAAUAGCUUGUGCUCACACGCUUGAAUCUUUGAAGGAAUAUGGAGCGGUUGGGGAUGAGGCUGAGAUGCUGGCUGAGGAGUUGCGUGGGCUAACAUUUGGGUGCAACGCGGAUCCAUCGACCGGACAAACUGCCUGCCCACCGAUAUACACUGCUCCUGGACUAAAACGCAACAAUAGAUCGGGCGAUGAUAAAGAUUCACCCGGGUUUGACGGUUCUUACAAUCUUGCUUCUACGUUGGGUGAAGGGCAAGGCUCAGGUAUCUUUAUGCCCGCUGUACAAACAGAUACUCCCGAAGUCCGCAAGCAAAUAGGGAGGAUCCUCCAGAUCCUUAACCGGCUCUGGCAGAUUAUUCUUCCUCGAAGUGUGUCCAAGCUCGAACACAAUCUGGUCGAGUUUGACGCCACUGACAAUAAUACAUUCAGUUUCGGGGGCUUGUUCUCUGGACCCACCAGCGUGCAGAUGAACACCUCAUCAUGGGGUCAAAUAUUUAGCCAGUCAAUUGGUUGGCAAUCAACAUGGCACACCGACAUCCACGGUGCCCCUACGCACUGGACUCUGAUUGUCAUGAUGUUACGGAUCCCCAAAGGCAGUGAUCCAGGGCCAUUUCUAUUGGGCCGACUAUGUUCUUGUAUGUCUUUCAAGUUAUUUGAGCUUUUCAUGAACAAGAUCUAA